CCGCGUGCGGGGCGCUCCGCAUUCCAAUGCGAGAUGUGAGCAGAGUGCGGCGGGACUUCGCUGCUUCCCUACCGUCUCUCUGUUCCAGCCGCAGUUCCUAAGGAUUGGAAACAUGUCCAAGGAAGGAGGCUCCUGUCCGGACGGCUACAGAGCUUUAAGCGCCGCCGAGCUGACGGAGCUUCUACACAGCGACCACAAAAUGGACCAAAUUAUCCGACUCAAUGAGAAGUUCCAGGAACUUCAGGUUGACCGGGAGAUGCUGCUGACCACCAACCGGAGCCUGGCUGAGGAGAACCUGGCUCGGCGACCCCGGCUUAAUAACGGCAAGCUCCAGCUGGCGGAGAAAUACAAGGAACUGUCCAGCCUCGUAACCACAUGCUGGGAAAAACAGAGUCAGCUGGAGGCUCGCGGGCAGAGGCGCAGCUUGCAGACGGCGCAGAACCUCCUGCAGGAGGAGGUGGCACGUGGUGAGGAGCGCUCCGAGAUUUAUGCUGCGUGCUCCAGUUCUCCCAGAGUCCAGACUUUCCAGGGUUCUGCUCAAGAACGUACUUGAUUCUACAGAUGCGGUAAAAUGCUCACCAACCAAUGGGCAAAAGUUGACCCUCUUAGACACCCUCCCCCCUCCUCAUUUACAUAAUAAGGCAGAAAUGCAGACAGAAAUGUAAAAAUGACAGGAAGAAAUAAAUAGG